AUCUCCGACUUCCUCACCAUUCAAUCGUGCUACUGCUAUUGCCAACAAUGUGCUCCUGCGCCCCCCUCCCCCAUCCACCUUUCAAACCCGCGCCCCCGGCCCCUUCAAACCUAAACCCAAAGCCUAACCCCACCUCUGCGCACGGAUCAACGCCACUACGCCGCGCCCUCGUCGCGCGCGCGGCCGCGCGGGACGGCGCUCCGUCGUCCAGCUUCGACUUCCUCGCGCUGAAGCGGGAGCUGGAGGAGGAGGAGGAGGCGGCGGCUGUCGUAGCUGUGGAGCCGAAGGAUGGAGGAGGUAGUGGAGGGGACGGUAUUGUCAGUGAGGGUAGUGGCGAGAGGGAGGCCAAGAGGAGUGGUAGCAGCGGGAGGAGGACAAGGAGGCAGAUGGCGAGGCGGUCGGGGCUGCUGGCCAAGCAGGUGAUCAGCGUCAGCUCGGCGCGGAGCCUCGGGUUCGUGUCGCAGCUCUGGGUCGACGCCGCGUCGUGGGUAGUUUCGUUGGUUGAAGUGAGGCCAAGCUUGCUUUCAGGAGAAGCUGAGAAUUUCCUUUUUGAGGAUAUUUAUCAGGUAGGAGAUGUUGUGCUUGUUGAAGAUGAAUCUGUGUUUGAGAACGAAGUUAAGCUAGUUGGACUACACAGCUUGGUUGGCUACAAUGUUAUAACUUCCAGGGGGCGCAAUGUCGGUAAGGUCCGUGGCUUCACCUUUGACGUCAACUCAGGUGCUAUGGAGUCUCUUGAGCUUGACUCAUUUGGUCUUACUAUUGUCCCUGCUAGUCUGGUAAGCACAUACUGUUUAUUUGUUGAAGAUGUGCUUGAUAUAGUUUCCGAUACAAUUGUUGUGCAUGAAGAUGCAGUAUCUCGAGUUCAACGGGUAACACAGGGCAUCUGGGGCACUCAAAAUAUCCAACGUCCUGGAGAUCAGACAGGUCAGUACUCGAGAUACGGAAGGCGAAGAGCUAGGACUGUUAAGAGACAAAACAGUCAGGGCAAGUCCAUGGACAGAGAACUCCAUAGGAAAACGAGGGAUGCAGAGGAUGAGUGGGAGCUGCCAAUGGAAUAUUGACACGACAAAACACUAGCAACAUUGGCUGCCUCAGAAAGAAAAUCUGCCCCGCUGUUCAAGUUAGUGCUUUCUAUGCCCCCGCAAUAGGAUAUGCCACGGUUGUACAUAUUGGAGGAUCACGAGACGGAAAGGAAAUAAUUGGCCAUCUUUGGCGUGCUUUGGCUUGGUGGGUUAGUGAAAAGCGAGUAUGUCUGCCGACCUCGGACGCCCUCGUUCUGGCACCAAAUAAUUCAUUUGUGGGGAGUGUCAGGGCCCUGUUGAAUUCAUUUCUCAUGUAAUGAUGAAGCCUUUUUUGACUUCGCCUGACACUGAAGUGUACAUGCGGCUAAUCAUCUAGUGAUGUGCUACCACUGGAGACUGGACGACAAUUAUAGUCGUACAUAUUAGUAUAUCUCUGGCCAGAAGGUCAAGAUUCCUGCUUAUAAUUUUUCCAAAAGAAAAACUGUUUGGUUUAUGAAA